CAGGAGGGCUGUAGUAAGCAACGUGCCUUCGUAGGUCGCCCCCCUCGCCUCAUCCUUUCAUGCGCGCCGCCAUUCUUCACGAAUGUGAGUGCGGUACCGCUACCGCUCAUGAUCGCUGAAUGGACGGUCAGAUGGCGUCGCACAAGACGUGCAUUGCGCUGACCCACGCCGUCGGUUUCGCAGAAGUGCCGGAAGGGCCUCCGUGCCCCCGGCGGCUGCGCAGGCGUGAUGGUAGCUUCACAAUUGGAGGGGGGACGGGAUGAGGCAGGGGCGCUCCUACGAGUUGGCCGAUGACUGCGUGCACCUGGCGCCGAGUUGCUUUACAGACCUGGCCAACAGGCGAUCGGUGGCUUCACGCACUGCACUGCUUAAAAGGGAGCAGGGAGAGGGAAGGGACGCCAGGGACGGGGGGAGGCGGGGCGGGUCUUCGGGCGCGCCCUCCGCCGGGCGAGGACGACGAGGAGGACUUGGAGCCUGGACCCACGACAAAGUUUGAGCUGAUCACUCUGGACGACUGGGAGCCGGCCGCUCAGCAAGCAGGUGGCCUCAGGAACGAGUUCUCGUGUGAGAAAAUUGAGCCCAGCGCCGAUCCAGAAAAUUCGCGCGGACCUUCGACAGUUUCUGUUUAUGAAGCCGUUCAUCGAGUUUAUUGGGCCAAAGACGACGACCACGUUGACAACGACAACGACGAGCUGAUGG